CGCCACGCUCGCCCGGGGCUGGGCCUGGCCCGGCCCUGUCCUGUGCCGCCGGCCGCAGGUGCUUAAAUAGCGGCGCCUGCCGCGCUGCUGUGUCCUUCGUUCCGCCGCUAGUGUGUGCGGGAAUUAUCCGGGGUUAAGUGUCCUGUCUUCUCCCUGGAGAACCCACACUGCUUCCCCUCUGCAACCUCUACGCCAUCCCUGAAGGGGGAUGGAAUAUCUCUGAAGGGAUUCUGCAGUCAUUCUGGCGUGCGGUACCCCGGUGGCUGAGGCUGGCGUGCAGCUUGGGACGGCACAGAACGGAACCAAAAAUCAUCUCAGUAUUUGCUUUUGCAGUAGUGUUGGACAGGAAGCUCAUUUAAUGAGAGAAGCAGAUGGCUUCUCUUUGCCUGUGGAAAGAGAAGCAAAAUUUAUAAGCUUUGAGAAGAUCUACUGUAGUUUGCUGCCAUUUAUUUCUAACAACUCAUCUGCCUGAGGAGAUUCUGUUGUAAUGUAUCCAGUGGCUGUUCCUGCACCAGGAGGUGAAGGAAGUAAUGGACAACAUGGGAAACUUAUUUUUUUCCUUUUUGUUUUUGGAGCUGUGUUGCUCUGUGCUGGAUUCCUUCUUUCAGUCUUUAUUCUCCAGUCAUGUCCAUCUGGAAGCUUCAGUGACUGUAAUGAGCUCCUUAAGGCUGCUGGGCCAGUGCUGGCUGUAACUGGACUGAUUUGUGUUUUACUGGCGCGAUCAAGGGCCAGGAUGUAUAUAAGACAAAGACAAUUGCAAAAUGAGCAGGUGUACAGCCUUGUUUUUUGUCGUGGGAACUGUCAGUUUGCCCAGUUUCUCAUAUUUGGAUUCCUGUUUUUAACUAGUGGAAUGUUAAUUAGCAUCCUGGGCAUUUGGGUUCCUGGUUGCAGCCCUGGCUGGCAUACGAUACAGCUCAACCACACUGGCACUUCUGACAUAGACCUCCAGGGCUGUGGAUUCCUGUCACUUCAAAUCUUGGGACCUUUGAUUGUGCUCACUGGGUUGUGUUUCUUCGUGAUAGCUCAUGUUAAAAAGAAGCAAAACUUAAAUCUCAGCCAAGAAUCCUGUGAAAGUGAAGAACAUCCUCAGAGCCCUGAAUCUUUUCAGGUUACAGUAGGUGAUGCUGUGAUGGUAUUCCCACCCCCACCACCUCCUUAUUUUGCUGACCCUAUGUCACCAGCUGUGACUCAUUUUAUGUCAAGUGUUUUGCCUACAAGUGAAAAUCCACCACCAUACCACUUUAUCUUCAGUGAUCGAGCACAGCUUGCUGAUGAUGAAAGAACAGUUGCUGUUAGAGACUAUGAAUCCAUAUAUUCAAUUUCUGGAAGCAGCUCACCUUCAGAUAUUUUACCAAUGCUAUACCUUUCUUCUGAAUCACCACCAAAAUAUGAAGAGAAAGCAUCAAUAACAAAUAAUGAAUAUUCACCAUCUUCUUCUUUAUCUUUUUCAUCUGUUUCCUUAACCACAUCUGACACCAGCUCGUAAAGGACUGACAGUUCACUUAUUUUUUAAUAUAAUGUACACAAAGAUUUACAAUUUUUGAAUUUAUUUACAUUUUGUAAUAAAAGCAAUAUUGUUGGCUGUGUCUAAUUUUUCAUCAGGAAGAAUAAACAAUGAACUUGGAUUUCAAGAAAUACUAGAGAA